ACUCUGACAUAUCUGUGGCGUAGUAAUGACGUUUAAAAUUUCAAUCGUCGGCCAAUAUUCCUGUAUCGUAGCGAAAAACAAGCUUAAGAUAAAAUUGGUGCACUUUUAAAAGUCCAGUUCGGUCAGCGUUUACUCAAUAAUAAUUUUCUACAGCUUCUAGAUUAUUUUAGUUCUCGUGAGAAGUUAUUACAGCGCAGGUGCACACUGGAACGAGACUUGAUUCCAAUUCCACAGAACAUCGUCGUUACGUAGACAAAAGUGGAUCCCAAAACAUCCCGAAGUAGACUUUACCAGUGAAAUAGGCAGUAAAAUCGUUUUUCUUUACCAUGGCGUACUGUAUGCGAGUUUUGCAUCGCCAUGGAGGAAAAGCGAGUGCCGUUGUCCUCCAAGAUGUACAGAUACGGUGCUUUCAUGUUUCACCAUUGGCAGCCGCUGCAGCAAAAACUGCGAUGUCCAAAUUCGAUACGGAUCCCUUACCCUAUGAUAAGCUCGUUAAAAAUCUUGAAGUAGUGAAGAAAAGAUUAAACAGACCUUUAACUCUAUCAGAAAAAGUAUUGUACUCACAUAUAGACCAACCUGAUAGCCAGGAAGUUGCAAGAGGAACCUCCUAUUUGCGUCUACGUCCUGACAGAGUGGCUAUGCAAGAUGCCACAGCCCAAAUGGCUAUGUUACAGUUCAUCUCUUCGGGUCUCAAAAAAGUUGCAGUACCAAGCACAAUCCACUGCGAUCACUUGAUUGAAGCCCAAGUUGGUGGUCCUAAAGAUUUAGCACGUGCCAAGGACAUAAACAAAGAAGUAUAUGAGUUCUUAAGUUCAGCAGGAAACAAAUAUGGAGUUGGAUUUUGGAAACCCGGAUCUGGUAUUAUCCAUCAAAUUAUUCUGGAAAACUAUGCUUUCCCAGGGUUACUUAUGAUUGGUACCGACUCCCACACUCCGAAUGGUGGUGGAUUAGGUGGUUUGUGUAUUGGUGUAGGAGGAGCCGAUGCUGUUGAUGUCAUGGCUAACAUCCCAUGGGAAUUGAAAUGUCCCAAAGUUAUUGGAGUGCACUUAACUGGUAAACUUUCUGGAUGGACCUCGCCUAAAGAUAUCAUCUUGAAGGUUGCUGACAUUCUAACUGUCAAGGGCGGUACUGGAGCUAUCGUGGAGUACUAUGGGCCAGGUGUAGAAUCUAUUUCUUGCACUGGUAUGGCCACUAUUUGUAAUAUGGGUGCUGAAAUCGGAGCCACUACAUCUGUUUUCCCAUACAACAGGAGAAUGAGUGACUACUUAAAGGCAACUCAACGAGAAUCAAUUGCCAAAGCAGCCGACAAAGUUGAAAAAGUUUUACUCAAUGGAGAUCCAGGGGCUCCCUAUGAUCAAAUCAUCGAAAUUAACUUGGAUACACUGGAACCUCAUAUAAACGGUCCUUUCACUCCUGAUCUGGCUAGUCCAAUCAGUAAACUGGGAGCUAAUGCCAAAAAGAAUGGUUGGCCUUUGGAUAUUAAAGUUGGUCUUAUUGGUUCUUGUACCAACAGCUCCUAUGAAGAUAUGGGUAGAUGUGCCAGUAUCGCCAAAGAAGCAAUGCAACAUGGUAUUAAAUCGAAAAUCCCAUUCAACGUCACACCUGGAUCGGAACAGAUUCGCGCUACCAUCGAAAGAGACGGGAUUUCAAAAACUCUAACCGAAUUCGGCGGCACUGUUUUAGCGAACGCUUGUGGUCCGUGUAUCGGUCAAUGGGAUCGUAAGGACGUUAAGAAGGGCGAGAAGAACACCAUCGUUACGUCGUACAAUCGUAACUUUACCGGUCGUAAUGAUGCCAAUCCUGCCACUCACGCUUUUGUUACCUCACCCGAAUUGGUUACUGCUUUGAGUAUCGCCGGAACGUUGGAUUUCAACCCUGUGACCGAUGAACUCACAGGAUCUGACGGUAAGAAAUUCAAACUAUCCUCCCCGUUCGGCGACGAGCUUCCGGCCAAAGGUUUCGAUCCCGGCCAGGACACCUACCAAGUCCCUGUAGCCGACGGCAGCGGCGUCAACGUUCAAGUCGACCCCAAGUCGCAACGGUUACAACUGUUGGAACCCUUCGACAAAUGGGACGGAAAGGAUCUCGACGAUCUGGUCGUUCUCAUCAAGGUCAAAGGAAAGUGUACCACCGAUCACAUAUCAGCGGCAGGACCCUGGUUGAAAUACCGUGGACAUUUGGACAAUAUUUCAAAUAAUAUGUUUAUUGGUGCCACAAAUUCCGAAAACAACGAAAUGAACAAAAUUAAAAAUCAACUCACCGGAGAGUGGGGAGCAGUACCUGAUGUAGCUCGCGACUACAAAGCGAAAGGCGUAAGAUGGGUAGCAGUCGGGGACGAAAACUACGGCGAGGGUUCGUCGAGAGAACACGCCGCUCUGGAACCGCGUCAUUUGGGUGGUCGCGCCAUCAUCGUCAAAUCUUUUGCCCGUAUCCACGAAACCAACCUGAAGAAACAGGGUCUAUUGCCCCUCACCUUCGCCAAUCCCAGCGACUACGACAAAAUCCAACCCACCGAUAAGAUCAGCUUGAAAAACUUGAAGAGUUUGGCGCCCGGCAAACCCGUAGAAUGCGAAAUCAAACAUGCAGACGGUAGCGUCGAUAAAAUCCAGCUCAAUCACACCCUGAACGACCUUCAAAUCACUUGGUUCAAGGCAGGCAGCGCUCUCAAUAGAAUGAAAGAAUUAGCGAAAUAAAUUAUUAUUAUUUUUUAAUUUCUAUGAAUAGAAUUUAGGAUGCGAAAAUAAUUACAAUUCUCUCUUUAACGGAGGAAAAUGUUGAUACAAUUAAUUAAUUGAAAAGUGAUAUCAAGUACUGAUGGUUCGGCCGUGCCGAAUCAUGCUUCUCUGUAUAGUAAUUAUUUUGUGUAAUUCUUAUCAAUUUCCAGGUUUCCGUAACUUAUGUACAUACUUAAUUAUUUUUUUUCAUUGCGGUACAUUGUAAGGACAAUAAACAUCUCAAAUUUUA